GGUCUAUUCAUUGCAGCUGUUGAAUGAAAGUGUGUGUCUGCAGCUGUAGACGGCUCUUCCUGUUCGGUCAUAAGGUGGAAAACUUCGACAAAUGUCAUAUUGAUGUUGGGAUAUUUUUCAAAAACAGAAAAUGUUUAGCCUCGGACAUUAUGAGUGAUCUCAACUGGUCUUUUCCCGUCGUGACUCACAGGAUCACAAGGCUCUUUAGCCACCAACAAAUUCCCCAUACUGCCUCUGAGCAGGGGCUUAUUUUAUACGGGAUAAAAUCAACUGAAGCUGGGGAAACGCUAGCUUAACCUCCAGUGUCUCUGUCGACCUGUGAGUGUGCAGACUUGUGAGGAGAGCUAAAUGUGCAGGACUCAGAGAGAGGGGGGAGACGAUGACGCUGUGGGACGAAUCAUUGAAACCUCUUCUGAAGACCUGAAGAGAAAACGUACACAACAACAAGUUGGAAUAGUCUCCACACACCAACACGGGAUACUGACACUACAGUUGGACUUAAAUCAUUGCUUAGUCUCCACGGUUCUUCCAGUUUUCUGGAUUUGUUGUCAUAUUCUCACUAUGGAUUCUCAAACACCUGUUGGAUCAAAACCUUGGACACAUUCCCUUUGGAUUAGAAGCUCAGAUAAAGCAUCCAGCCUGGAGAUGAGUUUGUCUCUUCCUAUCUAGCAACAUCUCCCUUCUCUCUCUCCUCCCUUCAGUGGAUCAAGUUCCCAGCAGUUGAUAUGGAUGGCAGGACUGAUGGUUGCUUACAAUCCACAUCCUGGAUGAUUCCCUCUUUGAUUUCCAAGGCAUGAUAAGAGUUGAUAUGUGAAAGAUGAGAAAGAGACAUUACAACAAGUCCACAUGUUGCUUCCUUCUGAAAUCAUGGAGAUAUCUUCCGCCUGAUUGCACAACAUAAGAGGUUUCAUCACCCUGGAUAUUUUUGCUGUUAUUUUCUCCAUAUUUGUACAGUGUGUGUCUACCACUGGCCCUAACGUAGGCCUGGUUGGCCUUACAGACGGGCCUCCUUAAGGGAAGACGAGGGGAAAGAAGAGAUUCAAGAAACUUUUCUGCUUAAUAUCCUUCUGGACUAAGAUAAGCCAGCAGGAGAAGCGACCGGGACAGUUUAGAGUGUCGUGUGUGGUGGGAUGGCAGCAGAGCACGGAGAGCUGCUGGCUGAGAUGGCCACAAUCGGGCGCCUGGGUGCCACGGAGCGCCUGAAACACGCCCAGAAGCGGCGCGCUCAGCAACUGAAGGGAUGGGCGCAGAUGGAGAAGGACACAACGCGAGGGUCGAGAGCCAAAGCGGAUAAGAAGAAGGCGCGCACGAUUAAAGUCACGUUCCCCCAGUCCAUCACCCUGCUGGAUGCUGCUGCACGCAACGACGUGGAGGAGGUGAGGGAGCUGCUAAACAACGGCGUCAGCCCAGAUCUGGUCAACGAGGAUGGACUGACAGCCCUACACCAGUGCUGCAUAGAUGACUUUGUGGAGAUCGUGCAGUGCCUGCUGGACGCUGGUGGCUGUGUGAACGCGUGUGACAGUGAGCUGUGGACGCCGCUGCACGCUGCUGCCACCUGUGGACACACCGGCCUGGUGCAGCUCCUCAUCCAGGCUGGGGCUGACCUGCUGGCUGUCAAUGCGGAUGGCAACAUGCCCUAUGACCUCUGUGAGGAUGAGGCCACGCUCGAGCUGCUGGAGAUGGUUAUGGCUGAACAGGGGAUAACUCAGGAUCGCAUAGAUGAAUGUCGGGGGGCUAAAGAGAAGGCCAUGCUGGCUGACAUUCAAGCUCUGGUUCAGAACGGAGCAGACUUAAACACACAGGAUGCUAACGGAACAACACUGCUCCACAUAGCGUCGGCUAAUGGCUACGUGUCUGUGGCCGAGUUGCUGGUGGAGCACAGAGCUCAGAUGGAGGUGAGGGACUCUGAUGGCUGGACGCCGCUGCACGCCGCCUCCUGCUGGGGACAAAUCCAAAUGGUGGAACUGCUGGUGGCGCAUGGAGCCAGUUUAGACACCAAGUCUGUGCUGGACGAGACGCCUCUGGAUGUGUGUAUGGAUGAGGAGGUCAGAGCCAAACUAAUGGACCUGAAGCACAAACAUGACGCCAUCAUGAAGAACCAGGACCGGCAGAAGGGAACGCUGCAGAGACGAGCCUCGAGCACGGGCAGCAGAGGUAAGGUGGUACGUCGUGUCAGUGUGAACGAGCGCUCCAGUCUGUACCGACGGGAGCACCACAAAGAGGCCAUGGUGUGGCAGGAGCGCGGCCGACAGCCGGAGCCACAGGACGACGACGAGGACAGACAAACGGACAAUGAGCUGCACCGGCACGCCACCAUGGUUGCUGGUGGUGGGGCCGCGUCACGCUUAGAGGAGCUGGAGGCUGCAGACAGGAGUAUCGUGUCCAGCCUGGGUAACGGAGGGACGUCAGUGUCUCUGGCGUCCUCUGUCCCCGGAGAGGUGUGGAGUGGAGGAGGCCUGAUGGACCGCAGCGCCUCCUACCAGCUCAGCCCUGCGUAUGCAGAUGGGGAGGGGGCGGACAGUAUGACUCGGGAGAAAUCGCACCAAACCCUGGCCGACCUGAAACGCCAGCGGGCGGCCGCCAAGCUCAACAAGUACCCAGCCCCUCCCCCUCCACUGCCCCCUGCCUUAGAGGAGGAACCUGCCGCAGAGGUGACCACCUCUCAGGCCCAGCUCGAGCUCCAGACCAGCCCCCCUGCAGAGGAGGUCGCCUCCCCCAGCCAGGUGUACUUCACCCCCGCCAGCGGAGACCCUCCACUGCUGAAACUCCGAGCGCCUGAGGAGGAGCAGUCUAUCAAUAAGGAGCCCUGCUGUGGACUCAUGUAGACACACACACACACACACACACACACACACACACACACACACACACACACACACACACACACACACACACACACACACACACACACUGCCUGCAGAGUAUAUAAGAUUUUACACUCCAAAGUGGCAAAAAGCUUUCAGAUCAGACGGAUAAAUCCUUACAGACUGUGAGUUAAGGCCACAUGCCAACGAGGGUUUGAUCUACGCAGCAUUUCAGUGACUGAAGUGCAAUCCUUGUUCUUAUUUCCCAUUGCUUAUCAUUUUUUAACACAAUACACACUUUCCACUAAAGGUCCUCACAUUCCCGGUCGCUCCCUCUGGACGUCAGGUGUCGACUGAGACACUUAAGGGAGAACUAGAGAUUCCAGUUAUGCAAUCAUAACCAAAGCAUUGCUCUCUGCUGCCUUUUGUUUAUUACUUUAUUUAUCAUUUACCACACUGCACAAUUAGUGUAGAUUAACAUUUCAAGGUCAUCUUUACCGAGUCCUCUGAUAGGUGAUCCACGUUUGCUUACAUUUCCAUUAUGAUCCAGAGAUGACUCUGUGCAUGAGUGAUUGCUGGGUCAUGCUAGUUUCAGUAUACGGUAUAGCUCCUCUGAAUUCACAGAAACAUUUCCUUGCUUGAUUUUUUUAUUUUUAUUUACUUUUCCAGUGCACAGAAAAGCCUACAUUUCCACAUGUGUAAUGGUUCAAUUCAUCAAUUAAUCAGCGAUCAUAUACGCUUAUAUUUAAAUCUGUGGAAAAGUACUCAGCCAGUCAUAAUCACUUCUAUUCUUUCUGUCAGUAUUUCUAUUUUUCUACCCUCUGAAUGGAUCACAUUAUUUAUUAUCUAAUACUGAAUAUGGCUGACGGUGUACAGCCCAAUUUUGGCAAGAUAUUUAUCAGCGAUAUAUAAUUUAAGUUGUCAAACCAAGUGAACUUGUCAUAUGAUUUAUCCUCAAAGGUUGGUGCCUUCUUUAGGUGGCAGAUUUGAUUUAGGUUUGCAAUGCUUGCACAAAGUCCCACAUGAAGAAUUGAUGAGCAGCGGGAUCAAACGAUCUGUCUGAUAUGAACCUCUACGUGACGUGCGAUGCACUCUAAUUUCUGUGUUGAAAUUCCUAUUUGCUAGUGAUUUUUACUGAGCCCUGUUAAGAAAAAAACCGACAUAAAAAAUGUUUUCAUUAA